AAUUCUCUUACAUACACUCAGACACACACGCCUUCUCUCUCUCGCACACUUAUAUAUAUACAUAAACACACACACGCCACACACAUGCUCACGCACACACACCCGGUUCAUCAGAGCCCAACAUACCUGUGCAGGCUGUUGGGGGGGGGGGGAGCGCGGUGCCGGAGGGGCUCUUUGCGGCGUCGUUGUCUCUGAGGGUGCUGUGCUAUCAUUUGGGGAAGAAGCGGGUCUCAGUUGUUUUCUCUUUCCUCUUCCUCUCAUUCCUGGAAUGCUAAAACUGGACUGAUGGACAUUUCCGAACUUUGUCUUCCAGACCCUCUCAGCUAUCAUAACCAGGCUUUGUUGUCCAAAUCAUUAGAGAGAUUCCUGAGUCCAAUGGCCACGCUGGAGACCUCUCAUUUCUGGCUGCUGAAUAGAAUGGCCGCUGAUGAACGGCAUCUACCGUCUAGCUGUGGGUCCUACAUCAAGACAGAGCCAUCCAGCCCCUCCUCGGUCAUCGACACGGUCAGCCACCACAGUCCCAGCGGAAAUUCGGACGCCAGCGGCGGCUAUGUCAGUACCAUGAACAGCCACUCUAACGGCCUGGACUCUCCACCCAUGUUCACCCCCGGUGGACUCGGCGCCGGCUCCUGCCGCAAGCGCUACGACGAUUGCUCCAGCACCAUCAUGGAGGACUCGUCCAUAAAGUGCGAAUACAUGUUAAACUCCCUCCCCAAGAGGCUCUGCCUGGUCUGUGGAGAUAUAGCCUCGGGGUAUCACUAUGGGGUAGCUUCUUGUGAGGCCUGCAAAGCCUUUUUUAAAAGGACAAUACAAGGUAACAUAGAAUACAGCUGUCCUGCCACAAACGAAUGUGAGAUCACAAAACGGCGACGCAAAUCAUGUCAGGCUUGUCGCUUCAUGAAAUGCCUCAAAGUGGGGAUGCUCAAAGAAGGUAAGAAGAGGGUUCGUUUGGACCGUGUGCGAGGGGGCAGACAGAAGUACAAGCGGAGGCUGGACACAGAAAACAACCCAUACCUGGGCUUGACACUCCCCCCUCCUACUAAAAAGCCUCUCACAAAGAUAGUGUCUCACCUGUUGGUGGCCGAGCCAGAAAAGAUCUACGCCAUGCCUGACCCGACCAUGCCAGAGAGUGACAUCAAGGCUCUCACCACGCUGUGUGACCUGGCUGACCGCGAGCUCGUGGUCAUCAUUGGCUGGGCCAAACACAUCCCAGGCUUCUCCACCCUCUCUCUGGGAGACCAGAUGAGCUUACUGCAGAGCGCCUGGAUGGAAAUCCUCAUCCUCAGCAUCGUGUUCCGCUCAUUGCCAUACGAGGAUGAGCUGGUGUACGCCGAGGACUACAUCAUGGACGAGGAGCACUCGCGGCUGACGGGUCUGCUUGACCUCUAUGUCUCCAUCCUGCAGCUGGUGCGGAAGUACAAGAAGCUCAAGGUGGAGAAGGAGGAGUUUGUGACCCUCAAAGCCAUCGCUCUCGCCAACUCAGACUCCAUGCACAUAGAAGACAUGGAGGCGGUCCAGAAACUGCAGGACGCUCUCCACGAGGCCCUUCAGGACUUCGAGAGCAGCCAGCAUCAGGAGGACCCGCGACGGGCUGGCAAGCUGCUCAUGACGCUGCCCCUGCUGAGGCAGACUGCAACUAAGGCUGUGCAGCACUUUUACAGCAUUAAGGUGCAGGGCAAGGUGCCCAUGCACAAACUCUUCCUGGAGAUGCUGGAGGCCAAGGUCUGAUUGGAGGCUGAGGGCUGCAACAAGAAGACAGAGAGUGACUUGAAUCGUGGCUGAGGGAUCUCAGGAGACAGAAUCGGCCAUGUAGUUUGCAAAGCAGAGACUGACAACUCCUCCUCUUUGUGGAACCUUGGGACUUUAAAUUCAAAAAAGAAAAAAAAAAAACAAGUGGAAAACUUGGGUUAUUAGUAUAAAUAUAAAAUGAUGCAGAUUAAUUUAAAAUAUAUAAUAAAUGCUAUGUACAGUAAUAAUUUUCUUUUUGUAAUUGUCAGUGGUCAUGCUCUAUAUGAAGGACCUUCCUGCCCCUUUGCAUCUUCAGAACAAGUAAAAAGUUCCUAAAAAAAAAUAUUGUUCUGAAGAAAGCAAAGGCGUCAACAACCAUAAGCAGACUCGUGUGUUGUUGUUUUUUGUCUGGACUUAACCAGGACAUGUAAAUAAUUACUACCGUACUUGGAAAGCUGAGUGUACAGUUCGAAAUCCGACAAACUUGGUAACCAUGUUUUCUUCUUCUCCUCCUGCAAAAGAAAAAAAAUGUAAAAAAAGAGAGAAAUGAGGAAAAUUGUUACCUAAAUGUGAACUCUUAUCAAUUAAAUGUCCUUGGAUUAAUAUACCUCUCCUGAACAGUAAGCAGUGUGAUCUUAGUGGAUCCUUCUCAGACUGAAAGACUCGCUGAAUCCAUGUUUAACCAACCUAGCAUAGGCAGGUAAAAUAGUCUUAUGUAGUAAUUCAGCAAUAAGAGGGACUGUGGAAAAGCCAUGCUUAAUUUCCAGUGUUUCAUGUGCUUUUCUUUGCUGCUGUUGCCUAAAGACCAUGCCUGUUCAUAGUCACUUUCACCUAUGCCAGUCACCACUUGUUCCCCUGUUGUACACUCAUAUUUCUCCUCUAGUGAAGAAGUUUGUGUUGGUGCUUCUCAAGCACUAAACCCCCAGAUUCAGCUGUCGCUUAAGCCUGUGGAAAUUGCUUCUUGACAUGCAAAUAGAUGACCGGAUUCAGUCUAGGUGAAAGAUAAUCAGCAGUUUCGGUGUGGUAGUUUCAAAGGAUUUAUGCCGAGUGGCAGAAGUCUAUGAGAUUCCUUGUUCAAACAAUCAGAGGCCUAUAUGUCAACCACGCUAUUUUGGGCUCUUUAAGCCAGAGGGAGCAAGGUGUCCGGCAUCUGCUCUCACCAUUUUAGACACCUUCCAUCUUUUAAUAGCAGCGCCUGCAUUUAUGGGGCUUCAGCUGAAUGGAGGUAAAUAGCAGGUGCAAAGGAGGAGCUGCGGCGCUUUACACUGGGUUUAUUUUUACCCAGUGGGGGGGGCGGUUGUCCGUACAGCCUCUGGACCAGGAGUACAAUGAACACGUGGACCACUCCUUGACCUCAUGUUGACACGGUGGCCAACGCAGAAUAACACCCUUCCUGCCGGCACCCGUGAGAAUCUCUGGCGCCCGAUCAUGCACAUGUGAACAGCUAUGCAAGAAACAAAGUGUGCAUGCCUCAAAGGGCAACGGUGUGUCUGUGCAAGGUGUGAUCUCUGGUGGGGGGAAAAUUGUCCUGCUUCUUCCCGUGUUUAGGUCCAUUACGCUAAGUGUGAGUAAUGCUUCAGUGCCAUCCGCCGCCCUCCACGUGCAGGGGAAUGUGCUGGUAGGGAAUGCUUAUACUGCUGUAGUGAUAAAUUGUGGCUAUGUCACAACAAUAUGAUACUGUGAUCAAAGGAAUCCCUGACAUUGCAUAGGUUAGAGUUGCGGCUACGCUUGUGAUAUCAAAGGCUAGUGGCGAUCGAGCGGUCAGCAGCUGCCUGAAUGGCCACUUAAUGGAGAAUAACUACUCCCUAGAUCAUCCUACACCUCCCUACUUGAACUACCCAGUGAACAAACGCUGCUGUAGAAGGUGAAAUUUAAGUUGUUUUACUGUUGUGCAAUACAACAGGGACCAAUUCUGACUGAAAUCAUGCUAAAGGCAUGUGUUUAGACAGCAUAUUCAAACUCUUUUAGAUAUAAAACAGUGUAAUUAGAUUUCAUUUGCACAUAUUUCAGUUAAAAUUGCAGUAAAAAGAAAGAGAUAGCAAAGAAAAAAAUUCAAAUAGAGGAAUGAAUAAUUGCAACAGUUUUUCUCCUGCAAAAUGGCACUGUAUUACAUAUAAGACUUAUAUUAUAGGCAUGGGCCAGUGUGAGUCUCAACUUGAGUAGAAAUAUCACCAUUACAAGGUAUCACUGUUGUAACAAAGCAAUUUAAAACUGAAACACACAAUAAGAUCUAAAUGCUUUUAUGCAAUUCCCAACUGUAGUUUCAAAAUAGAGUUCUCAUAAUAAGAGCCAGUUAAACUUCCACAACAUUCCCAUAUGGAGAUUUUUAACUGCAGAAACAAAAAUAUGGAAACUUGCAGCCAUAUUGGGAAGGGAAUGCUUAUCGGGAUAAAUUGUGACUAUCACAACAUUUUGAUACUGUGAUCAAAAUAAUUUCUGACAUUGCACAAGUUAUAGUGGCCACACAAGCCCAUAUAGUGUUCAUCCAACUCUCCCCUACUUGCUCUUGCCCCUGUCCAACUAACUGAUUUCUAGAAGGUAGUUAUUUUAAUGUUGAGCAAUACAGCAAGGACCAGUUUUGACUGAAAACACUAAGUGCUUUUAGAGUGAGCAACAUUUUGAAUAAUUUUUCUUAUAUUUGAAAUAAUUUUGGUCAAAACAAUGCAAUCUUUAAUUUGCACUCACAUCAAUAAAUAUUUUUAAAAAAGCUAUUCUUUUGUAAACAAAAUUUUAUAGACGGUCAAAAUUCUUGGGAAUAAUUUUGAACUUUUGAUCAUUUUUCUCUGCAUUGACACUACAGUAAGUGAAAGACAGAACUUACUGUGUGUGGGCCAGUAUAAGAAUCUCAUCUUGAGUAAAAAUAUGGUUGAUAAAGAUUUAAAACAAAAAUGUACAACAUGAUCACUUGAUUUGAGACAGCUUGCCAUAUGUUAUUAAGAGUGAUGGCUGGUCCAUGCUUUCCAGAAAUAAUAUCAAACUUUCAAUUCAGUCUUUUUUGUAAGUGUAAGAAAAACUUAAAAGGUUUCUUUAAGCCAGAACGUCGGUGGUGUUCAGCAAAAUGUGGGGGAAGGGCAGCAGUACAUUACUCUAUGCAACACAUAGCCAGAGAAAUCUCCUCUCAGUCAGACAAUUUUCCCUGGCAUCUAAUUAAAAUAACUUUAAACCAUAGGAAUGGCAUAGGGGCUGACUUUUUUAAAAUCUGGAUUAGAGUAACCGGCUCAUGCCUACUUACAAGUUGUUUCUGUAUGUGUAUUGUAAAUAUAUUAGCAUCAACAACAGUAGGUUGCCGAAAUACCACUGGAGAACUAAGUAUGCAGCGUCCCGCUGGCUACUACCUCAUCAACAUAUUAUCAAUGUACCUCUGGUUCAACUUUCUGCUCUCAUCUGUGACAUACCUGAGCCAUUAUUGUUUUUAUCAACCACCAAAAAAAUAAAAUUUUUCAGUGCUCCUGCCAAAACAUUUGUAAUUGUAGUCAUGUUUCUUCUUAUCCCACUCAUUCUUCACAGGCGUUUGUAAAGGUAAAGCAUGCUUCAUGUCGACCGUACAACUUUACCGUUAGGGUGGAGCAAAGUGGGUGUGUGUUUAUAAGAGCAUUGUUGUGUCAGAAUUGGUCCCUUGAGAGAAAUUGCAAACAGGGAGCAGGUAACUGAUUUCCUGCGUCUGUGUUGAGUAUUUAUGGUGUGAAAUAUAUCAUUUGGCAAUGGUGUACAUUGAUAUCUUUAAUUGUUGAAUCACCAAUAUCUGUGUAACUUCUGUUUUGAUUUUCAAAAAGGUAAAGGAUCAAUGAAUUAAAUACUCAAUGAACUCUGA